UAUAUAUUGCUGACAUUGCUGUGUAUAUUCGAGCCGUCCACCCCACCUUCAGCUUAUUGUUGGUUGGUCCCAACGCUAAGUUUCGUACAGAGGGUAGUUUCGCACAGAGCGGCACAUCAAGAACAGGUGGGAGAGAUAAGACAUAAAAAUGUCCGGCGCUGUGGUACUGUUCCUGAUCUUUGUUCUCGGCACAGCUUCGGGAGAACGCUGUCGCGGCUACACCGACAUUUUUGGAGACUACCAUGCGGGCUUUAACUGCCCAACCUCUAGUGACUUCUCCUCGGAGACGUACUGCUGUGGCAUCUCCUCAAACCCGUACUGCUGCAGUUCCUGUCUGUUCUCCCAGUACACUAUCUCGUGUGACGACGACAUUUUGUAUCUCAGCACCGGAGCCAUCGUUGGCAUUGCCGUGGGCUGUAUCGCCUUCGUGGCCAUCAUCAUCACGGUGUGCUGCUGCUGCUGCUGUGCCUGCUGCGCCCCCUGCUGCUGCCGAUCUGACCCCGCAACGACGACCACUGUAAUCACUAACCAACCGGCAGCCGCCGUCACAGUGGCGCAGACCUCGUACCAGCCUUACCCACAGUAUCCCCCUCCCAGCGGCGAGAUGGCGCAGUACCCCCCUCCAGGACAACAGUACCCCCCUCCAGGACAAUACUACCCUCCUCAGGGCCAACAGGGUGGAUUGGCCUACCCGCCGCCCUACCCUGGACAGGGAGGCCAGCCCGUGAAGCAGUAAAAGAGCGCCCGAAUGAUUGGUGUUCUAAAUCGCUCGUUUCCCAUGCACCACGACUGUUGUUUUACCAAUCAGCUUUGUGAAGAGUUCCAUAAAACCAAUAUACAUGGCUAUUAAGUAGGGUGUAUAGCCGUUGAGAACUAAUAAUUUAAAAACGCUUCAAUUAGGAACUGUUGACGAUACAUUACAUUGCAUUGCAAUAAGAUACAACAAUGUAAUCAGUUGAAAUAAGUUGAAAUUUUAAAAAAAAUCAUUAAAAAUUACGUUAACGGUAUCUGCCACGAAUAUGAUUUCAUACUUUCAGUUCCCUCUGUCCGGGGUUGUUUUCUGUAAUAUGCGUGCAUGGAAAGGUCCAAAGCCGCAGUUGUGUGAGCGGUGAACGGGCUCUAUGUUUCUGCUAGCGUUCAUUUACGAAGUUGAAAACUGAAAUCCGUAACCGCGACCUAUAAAAUAAGGAUUUUUGAAAAGUGUAUGAAAUACGCAAACCAUGGAAUCAUUGAAAAGGUCUCUUGGUAGGAAGUUGUAAACUGAAAUCUUUUUUCAGAUUGCUUGCGUUUUUGGCGAGUUAUGAGUUUUUGAAGUUAAGCCCAUCCAGCAGUAAGCUAAAAUUAAGGUUAGUAAAAAGUGUUUUGAAAUAGGCUAACUUGGUAUCAUUCGAAAGGUUUCUUGGUACGUGCUUAUGCUGAGUCAACUUCUAUCAGUCUAUAAUGAAUUGAGCCACCUUAUUCUCUACCAAAUUGACAAGUCUUGCUGCACUGAUUCUCAGUAUGCUGCUCAAAAGCACCGACUUACAAAAUAUCAUUGCAGUUUUUGUUGCAUGAUACCAAUGUCCAAAUUGGAAUUAUAACCAUCAUGACAUGAAUGUAUGGACUGGAAUGACAUUUCUUCGGUAUGUCUGUUUGAAUGAAAGUUUCAUUCUUCAUUGUGUUAGGCCAGAAUCUGAAACUGGCCUCAACUACAUUGUAUUCUUAGCUGACUUUCACAUUCCCGAAAAGCGCGAAAUUUGGCAGUUGACAGUUCUUUUGUACGAUCAUAUAAGACUAUCUUGAAACGAAUAGGAUUCAGUUAGUCAACAAGAUACAUGUAAUGCACAUUCUAAUGCAUGAGGUGUACAAACAUAUAUUGCUAGUGUCAACAGAUAACACCCUCAUGUACAAAGUGUAUUACUCACUUAGUGAUGUGUUUGCAAUAAAUAAAAUAAACUUUG